UCUAAUAAAAUGCUUUUCCAGGUCCUAAAGUCAUUCCGGGUUUGGAUUUGUAGUUUCCAGGCCCUCGACCGACUGGGCCGCCCUCUAUACAUCAAGUUGGAUGUCCAAUUUCCUGCCACCGGCUCCAGAAAGGCCUUCCUCCAGCUUCCUUUUCAAGACUCGUCCAUCACAGCAGGGAUAGAACUUUUGGCCACCCGCACUCUCCAGCAGGUCUUUAUCCCAGCAGACUGGGCUCAUCCUGGAGGGUACUUCUUCAUGAACCUUCCUUCCUACCCAUAUCUUAUCAAGGCCCUUAUUGUUGCCUUUGUCGGGGUCAUCAAUCCGGUUAUGUGUUGCUAUUGUAUCCGCAGCUAUCUCUCGACAACCACCCGCUUCAACAAACACAUUCUGACCCCUUUUUAUGCCUGCAUUUCGGCCCCGGGAUAUAUAAAUAGGAUGUAUGCUAAUUGCCUUUGGCAUAACCGGACUGAUUGCAACUGGAAAUGCCUCCAUAGGUACAUAGCUUCAGGUCGUCAGGAAGGUCCUCGGAAAUUUCCUCUUGGUAGUCGAGCCACAAACCCGAAUAUAUCGACCUCUUACGCUUCUGACAUCUUCAACCCUCGUUCUUGCCCUCGGAUCAUUGGCGAAUAUCCCUCUGAGGCUGGCAGUGCGUCUAACCUUAAGAUUUGUCGUUAGGCUUCCUAG